CCCUCUAAACCGAACGCUCCGACAAUGCAGGGCUAGCGGGGGAAAAAUGUGCGUUUUGGUGUUGUUCGUUCGCCCUCAGUCCCGGUUAUGCCAGACCGACUCAUAUCCAACCUGUUAUCAGCGCGGAACGAACACGCGAAAAACAAUCAACAUUCGGUCGGUGUAAUGCAGGGUGGCUAGCAUUUGUUUGUUUUGUGUGUGUGCGUGUGUGUGUUUGUUUUUUUUCAUUUAUUUUUACCUCCUUUGCAUGUGCAACGAAAGGCGAAACAAACAAACAAUACAACACCGGCCGCCCAAACAAUAGCGCGUGUGGCGGGAUCGAGUGUCUGAUAGCGAGGGUUGCAACACAUUGUGCGUGUACGUGCGUGCGUUUUUUUGGGGGCAUUGAUCGGCCAUCAACACAAGGGCAGGAUGGUGGACACGAGCGGCCACCGAAUGCCGCCCGACGACGAGGUACCGGAUCGCUUUUACGAGCUUUGCAACGACUGGGCUGAGCGGUUAAGGGACGAGAAGCUGCCAUUCACCCGGCUGGCGCUCAUCUGCAAGGAAAUCUGCAACACCGUGGGCCGGAAGGCUGCCGCCGCACGGUACGGCGCGAUCGACCUGGCCGAUGUGCAACCGAGCCCACCGGCGACGCUCGAUCCGGCGGCGCUCGACACGUUUGCGCCCGAGCUGCCGCCCAUGGUCGUGGCGCGGCGGCUGCUGGCCCACCUGCUCGAUGGGAGGAAAACGCACAGCCAGCGGAAGAUCGUGGCCAAAUCGUACUACAACGUCUGGUGCCAGAAUCUGCUCGACGGCGCCCCGCUCUACACGAUGUGGGGCGUGCACGAUCUCGCCGACCCGGACGACAACAGUGUCGCGGUGUACGGCAUGCUGCACUCGCGGUUCCUCACGCCGCUGCAAACCGUACCGGGCCUGGCGGGUAUGGUGGCGGAGCGCAAUCUGGCCCUGUUCCUGUCGCCGGCGGCCGGCUACACCCGCUGGUUCAACACCGCGUCCGAGAACGUGCUGGCGAUCGCGCGGCACGUGGGCCCGCCCGGCCUGUACGGGCACGAGCGGCCCGAACGGUUGUGGCACGUGGCGCUCACCAACCUCGAGUCGCCGUACCAUGGGGCGCGCGAGUACAUGCUGGCGCUGCUGAAGCUGCUCGUACGGGACGAAACGUUCGCGCACCGCACCGUGCGGCCCGAGUGGGCCCGCUGGUCGUGGCUGGAUCGGAACAAGUUUCACCUGCUCGCCCUGCUGCUCGAACGCUACCGGUGGGAGAAGCUGCGGGAUGCGCUGCCGCUCACGGAGCAGCAGCUCGGCGAUGGGCUGCGACUCUCGCUGCGCUACAAGCAUCUAUACGCGGGCGGACAGACGCUGGUGCGGCUGCUCUACACGAACCAGCACAUGGCCGACACCGUGUACGGGCUGGUCGCGCGCGUCAUCCUGUCCGAGCCGGCCGCGAUCGUGCAGACGAUGGUCAAGUAUUGGUUCAGCUUCUUCACCCCGAAAUCGUACCGCACCGUGUACGAACGGCUGGCGCUGGACGCAAUCCUCACCACUUUCGCGCAACGUCCCGGGCCGACCGACGGAGACACGCUGCCACCGUACCUCUCCACCAACCGGUACGAGAAGCUGUUCCUGCUGGUGUACCUCUUCCGCCAGCAGGUGCAGUCGAGCGGCGUGCUGCAACCGCUGCUGGUGCAGCUGUGUGCGCUCGCCGAAACGCUGCAGCCGCUGGCGCCAGCCACACUCGACCUGCUGAUCUGCUCGCUCGGCCACUAUCUGGUCGCUUGCGGGGCGACGGGCCGCAUCGAAACGCUCCAGCACAUGGUCGCGCUGACGCGCCACGUCCAGUGCGCGAUGGAAGCGCCCGGCCAGAUGGCCACCUGCCGCACGUGCGUCACCGUCUGCCAGCGGCUGCUCACACAUAUCGCCACCACACAGCAGGAGCAGCACCGAACCUUCCCGCUCGACGCGCAAGCACACCUGGCCAAGUUCAUGUCGUACGACAUGUACGAUCGCUACCUGCUGCCCGCCGGCUCGACCCCGCUCGACUACCAGCCGACCGUGACGGCGCUCCGGCUGUUUGCCGCCUUCGUCGAGCAGUGCUUCGAGUUUCCCACCACCAGCCCGUACGUGCUACAGAUCCGCGCGAACGGGGCGGUUCGCUGGAUCGGUCCGCUGCUGCCCGCCACACUGCCACUACCCGAACUCGGCGCUUCCUUCCGCUCCAUGGUGUACGGGCUGCAGCAUUUGCUGCGCAGCGACUUCGACGACAUACGCGCGAUCACGCUCACCAUGCUGUACAAUCGGGCCGGCGCGUUCUGCUACGAUCCGCGGCUCCAGAGCCAGCUGGCCACGGUGCACUCGGCGGCGGCGGCGACACCGGACGCCCCGGACCAGGUACGCACCACGGUGCGGCUGCUGCUGAACGUGACGCUCGCGCGGCUUGCCGCCGCCCUGGACGACCACGAGCGUGACUUUUACGCGUCCGUCCUAGCGGCGGAGGAGGAUAACCCGUCCGGCCAGCUGCACCGGCUGAUCGAGCGCUGCACCGAGGUGUGCUUCGGGUUUGCGGGACCGGCUGGCGGUUCCUCCGUGCUGGGCGGGGACGAUCUGCUCGAUGCGCACUGCUGCCUGGACACGGUGUGCGCCUUCAUGCUGAGGUCGCUCGGUCCCACGCCGCCCGCCGACCAGUGCAUCGUGCAGACGAACUUCCGGCAGCUCGACCGGUGCCUGGAGCGGCUGCUGAACCAGUCGGACGUGUGGCGCCGGACGCGCACGGUGGCCGAUGACGCUGAGGAGGCUGGAUCGUCCGACUGCUUGCAGGUUUCCCUCGCCAAGCGGAAGAUCCAGGUCGCGCUGUGGAAAACGUUACGCGCGCUGGCCAUCUUUUUCGAGCAGCACGCGAUCCGGAUAAUGGACCGGCAGGUCCGGUCAGCCGGCGAGCAGCUGGACGUGUUCCGCCAGGAGCUGGAAUCGUUGGUCGCGAUCAUGGUGAGCUGCUGCCACCGGGGCGCAAUCGAGGCGACCGGGCUCAGCCUCAGCCGGGUCGUGCGGCACGCGGUGCAGCUGAAGGAGCAGGACCCGACCCUGCACCGGGCGGUGAAGCAGGUGUACUGCCGGUGGCGCGACUACGCACCGGCCAGCCCGGACGACUUCCGGGAGAACCGGGGGCUGAUCUGGAUGCGGCACUGCUUCCUGCGCCACGAUACGACCGACCUGCGGGAGGGUUCGCUGCUGCGCGACCUGCUCCACCACAAGCUGAAGCUCGGCGAGUGUGCGCUCUACCACGAGCGGGGCGGCCAGCGCGUCACGGUGGAGGUGCUGUGGCUGCACCAGCUCAAUCUGAUCGCGCGCGAAACCGCCCUGAACGAGUCGAUCCUGCCCCACCUGGACGAGCUGCUGAUCGUGGCGCUCAGCCACAUCCGCUUGCCGCGAUGGUGCGUGCGCAAUGCGGCCCUGCAGCUGUACGCGUCCUGCGCCCAGAAGCUGACCGGGCAGGGCCAGCAGCAGUGCGAUCCGGGCGCCGACUGGCCGCCGGCCUACACCGCGUUCGAGGAGGUGGCCUGCAAGGCGACCCGCACCAUCCGCUACAUGAUCCGCCAGCUGGACGGGAUGCUGCCGGCGCCGACAAACGGGUACCGACGCAGCAAGCGGCGAACGCAGCCCGACCACUGCCCGACCAUACCGUUCCAGCUGCUGGUGCUCCAGUUCCUGUCCAAGCUGGAGUACCGCGGGUACGGCCAGCAUCACCACCCGGAGCCGGUCGCACCAUCCAGCGCAACCCCUUGCCCGCCCCACCUCGAAAUGGUGGGCAAGCUGCGCGCGAUUCUGUGGCAGCUGUUGGGCCACGAGCACGAUCUGGUGCGCAAGCUGGCCGCCCGCUGCUUCGCCCAGCUGCACGACUACGCCACCGAGCUGCCGGCCCUGCUCGACCCGCUCGUGCACGAGCUGUUCAGUACGCGCGGCAGUGUCAACUUUCGCCACGGCCUGUGCCGGACGGUGCUGGCCUGCGUGCAGCGCUACGUCACGCUGUGCCGCCACGUGCAGCGGGACGAGACAGCCCGAGCGAGCCAGCGCACGGCCACACUGCAGCGCGUCCGGGAGAUGGUGUCGCGGCACUGGCACCACGAGACGAGCGGCACCGCACCGUUCCGCUACCGGUCCGAGCUGCUCGGGCUGCUGCACUAUCUCGGGUUUGCGCGCGACAGUCCCAUGCUCGAGGCGCUCGUGCUCAACCGCACCGCGCCGAACGCGUUCGGGCAGGCCGUGCUUGUGAUGCAGCUGAACCAGCUGUACGGCGGUGCCGCCUGCACGGUAUCGCCUGCCGGCGUCGUGUCGAUCGACCCGGCGCUCAUCGAUACCGGCGAACCGUGCGCCCAGUCCACCGCGCUGCCGUACGAAGUCAGCCUGGAAUGGGACCGUGAACUGGACGCGCUGGAGGCGGCCGAGGACGACUGAGUGUGAUGGGGGGGGGGGGGGGGGGGGGGAGAGAGGAUGCGCGGCAAAUGGAAGCGCAACUAGCCCGCGGCAUGGGCAGGAAUGAAAGACAGUCAGCGAGCGAGCGCGACCUAUUUUAGCUAAAAGUGAAUAGUUUUAAAUUUGAUUUUUUGAACAGUUUAUACACAGCCACCACCCCUACGCACCACCAUUGAUUGGGGGGGGAAGGGUGGGGAUCUGCCUAGGUAUCAUCAUCCUUGACACGAAGUGUACCGGUUUCCUUCUUCGCGCUUGAAAAGCGCGAGAUGGUGGGGGAAACACUUUUAUCGCAAUAUUUUCGACAUUAAAUCACGCACGCGGCCAACUCCGGCGUAGAGUGUGUAGCAUAUAAAGGCAGGUCCUGAGCAAGGAGAGCAGGGAGGGAGUGGCGUUAUAUUGGAGAGUAAUAGACCGCUUUGUUUAAUAGACCUUUUGUCGGGCAAUUAUUAGCCAGAGUGUUCGAAGUAUUUCGUUCGAUUUUGUGUGUUUUAAUGUGUGCGGAGGAAUUGUUGAUUUUUGUUUUGCGCUAACAUUUUACGCGGCAUUACAGUGACAAGCGCUCCAGCAUGCCAGAACCGAUAGAGUACCAGUGUAUAGUUUCUAGUGCAUUAGGUGUAUGAUUAUGUUCUUUCUUUCCUCUAAUUGUAUCAUACAGUUUCCACUAGCACGCGCGCACGUGCGCCGUAAACCUAUUACGUAUUUAUUUAGGGCCACCGAUAGGUAAUUAAAGGUGGACGAAAACAUACAAAAGAACAAACACUCAAUUGCAAACGAAAGCUAGUAGCAUUUUGCCUUUGUUUUUCAGACCGAUAAAACGCCAACCAGCCAGAGUGCAUUUUUGUGUUUUUGUUUUUUUGUUUUUGUUUUGUCGUUUCUUACUUAAACGUACUUAAUAAAUUUCUCUUUAAAAAAAAAAUUAAAAAAAACAACUCAUUACCUUCUCACGUGUUUUCUGAUACUGUGCGGGCUGCUGCUUCGCAAACGUACCGGCGGUUUGUUUGUCUGUAUGACUUUAUUAAUAUUUCUUCUUACACUAAAGUAUAAACACUUCCCACAACAUCGUUAGCGAUUAAUGGAACAAUGGACGCUUUGCUGCACUGCUGCUGUUGCUGCUGCUGCUUCGUCUGUAGCGACGAACCUGGCUUUAUUGUUGUAAUUGUAAAAUAUGUUUUCUCCCCUUUACCACUCACUAUUGUUCCGAUUGCUCAGUCUAAAUCCAUUCCUGUUGGUGUUUUGGGCAGUUUUUUGCACAUGGAGCUCACACACACACACACACACACACACACUGCUGCUGCCUCGAUGUACGGAACAAUGUUGUACGUGUGCUUUCAGACGGAAAAGUGCGGAUGUAUUUUUAAGUAUUGGCUAUUAUUAAGAUUAGCUUAACAUUUCAAUAGGAACCAAACGAGAAUGAUCUGUGUGUCGGUGUGUAUGUGGCUGGUAUUGAAUUCCACGUGCUUUAAAUACCUUGGGUUACGUUGAUGUUUAAAUAUCUUUCGCAAUUUAAAACAAAAAAAACAUUUUUACAGUUUAUACUAAGAAAGCGUCAGCAUGAGAGGAGGACCGAGGAGUCAACCCUUAAGGCACACACACACACACACGACUUCUGGGCACGCCUGCUAGUGGCAAUUGCUUUUAUCGUGCCAAAGGAAAGGGGGAGGGUUCGUCGCUUGUCGCACCAACUUGCCGUGAGUGGCUUGCUUAAUGCACUACACCAAUGCACUACACGCGUGUUGCUUUCAUUUUCUUUGCAAAAUAGAGAGGCGGCUCACUGAUUUUUCACAGCUGCUUGAUUUAAAAAAAGGGGGAAGUUACUCCUUUUUUUCUGUCGUUCGCUUUAUUUGCACCUAUUUAAUAUAAUUUCAGUUCUGUUUUUUUUUGUUUUUGUUUUGCUCUCUUGUUUUGUAACGCCGAAGGAUGGGUGUGAAGGUGUGUUUUUUUCUCGCUUUCUUUUUUUGUUUUGUUUUGUUUAAUAAAUUCCGACAAAAAAAGCGGGAAAAAUAUGUUAAAAACCAACUAAUUAACCGUCAACGGACGUCGCGGCGUGCUGCGAUUGCUUACAAUUUUCCUGUGCUUCACAUUUUGCUUCCUCCCUGCUAUACACACCACGACUCACUCUUUCCAUCUGCAUACACACUGCAUAAUACCGUCGAGAGAAUAAGCGUUGCCCUUUCUUUAUAUAAUAGAAAACGAUUCGAAAAAAGAAAUAGAAAAAAACAAAUCAACAUCCUCGGGUACGGUUGUCGCUUUAGAUAAGCUUCAGAUCGUAUAAGAGAUAGUUCAUUACGGGAUAGAUUAAUAAUGCCAUUAUAUAUUAUGUCAACUCCACUUUCCUCUAUUUUUCUUAAUAUCCUCUCACUCUCUCACACUGAUUCUCUUCUACGACGUCCUCUAUACUACUAGCGCCUGUAGUCUUUUUUUUCUCUUUUCCUGUAUACGAGCGCCUUGGGAGUACACAGUAUACACAAAAAAAAACAACAAAACAAAUCAAGAGUCAUCCAAAAAAAAUAUGGAAUUUUAUCGCAUUAUGGCAUUUGACGUACAUUAUUUUUUUUUUUUAAAGGCCGCUUUCUUCCGAGUAGGAUGUGUGUAUAUGACUGUGUGUAUACGUACCGUUGGUGUUUGGGUUGGGUAUGGUGUAUGAUUGCUUCUUUUUUUGCUCUCCUCUCUCUCUAUCAUGUUUCGUAGUAGUAGCAGGGACAAUAACAACAACAACAACAACAAAACUGUCCUCCUGUAUUGCUUUUGCGGGGUUUUUGUUUUUGUCUUUUGUUUGUCUUUUUUGCAGGCAAUUUCAUAACAUUUGCGUGUUUUUUCCCUUCUUCUUCUUCUCUAGUAGAUUAGAUACACACGCACAAAAAAAAACAGAAAGAAAGAAAGAGUUCAAGAGUACCACUACUCCAGUCUUUUCGCCCAUGGUCGCCCGAGGUCGUGGUGUUUGGUGCGAUGCUUAUAAAAUACAUAAUUAAUGGAAAACAUGGAACCGUUUCCCUUUUGCAGUGUGGGUGUAUGUGUUUGUUUGUGUGGGUAAUGAUGUGUAUGUUGGGGUAAGGCGGGAGCGUUGUUCGGGUGGGUCAUAUCGCCCACACCCCUGUUUCCUAGACGCCCUAACUCUACCGUUCCCGUUCAUUUUUCUUUAUAUAUAUAAGUGUAUAGUAUUUCGUUAUAGUUUACGCCCGCCCGGCUACAUUUCGUUACGAUUGUAUAUUGUGUGUGUGUUUUUUUUUUUUUUUUAAUAAUACUGAUGCUUGUAUCAUACAUCUCCUCCCUUUGCGGCCGCGUUCGGUCGCUAUCCAUGUGUGAUGAUGAUGCCAUUUGCUUUUCUGUUUGCAUUCGUGUGCGGCAAUUGAUUAGCAAAAUUCCCGUUUGCCCGCUUAGCUAGUAAAAGCGCAAUAUUUUAUUUUUUUUUUCAAAAGGACGCCGCCUUUUUCCGUCCUAUUUUCGGGCCCUCCGCUUCCAAAGAGUGGACCGCCUCCUUCUAAUCCCGUCUGUCACACACCUGUCGAUUGUCAUGCAGUGCUGCGCUGGAAUGAUUUUGUGUCUAUGUGUAAUGUGUGUGUGUGUGUGUUCGAAUUAAGGUGCUUUUCCGUCUGCAAGAUAAGGCACAGCACAGGCGAUUACAUAGUCGUUUUAAAUAAGGCCUUGCUUAAACCAAAAACAAAAAAAACGUUUGCCGGACGCUUUGCUGCAGCCAGCAAGAGAGAGAGAGAGAGAGAGAGAGAGAAAGAGAGAUAGAGAGAGAAAGAGAGAGCAAAGUGGAGAUGCCUCCCCCAGAGCUUAGAGAGCAGCACACCGUGUGGCGCAAGUACUAAAACGUACUCUAAUCGGGGAAGCCAGGAGGGGCGCUCCUCGGGGGCACGCACGAAAACAAAAACAAAGCCUUAUUUGCAAGUGCACAACACACUUACUCACGAUCCUCUCCUUUUGCACGGUGUGUGUGUGUGUUUGUUUAUGUCUAGCAUGAGACUGUUUCCUUCGCUUACGGGACGACGGAUGUAAGCGAACGCCUCGACAGCAUAAUACACUGCCAGGUUGGGGUUUUUUUAAUUUAAUUGGAAUCUAAUUGGAUAAUUAUUAUUUAUUUAUUUAUUUUUUAAAAAAUAAAAAGCAAGCUAGAAGAGAAUGAAAGACCGCUUCAAGGGGCGCUCGAAGACAUUGGAAUUAGCACCUGGUUUCCCUGUGCUUUGUUUGUUUUUGCAGCGUGUUCGCAUCAUUCUAGCUAGUAUCAAUGUUUCAAUGCAUUCCACAGCAUUCCUACGUGCUGUGUGUUUGUCCUAAGCGCUGUUGUUAUCGAAAAACAAAAAAAAAAACAAAA